AUGGUUUUCAAUUUGGGGGUUGCAAAAUUUUGGAUUUGGAAUGGUAAUUUCAAGAUAUCUGUCCAAAUCUCUACGUACCACCCCUAUCUGUAUUGCUUUCCUCUCUUCUUUCUCUCUCUACGUUUCUUCCCUUCCAUCUGCAGUUGGGGGUGUACGGAAAUGGUGAGACAGAAAAUUCAGAUCAAGAAAAUUGAUAACCUGACAGCAAGGCAAGUGACUUUUUCGAAGAGAAGGAAAGGGCUUUUAAAGAAGGCUGAAGAACUCGCAACCCUUUGUGAUGCUGAAAUUGCCCUCAUAAUCUUCUCUGCUACUGGAAAACUCUUCGAUUAUUCCAGCUCAAGCAUGAGGAAACUAAUUGAAAGGUAUAAUCAGCAAUCAGAGAGCCGUGGCAAUUCAUGCCAACCUUCCGAGUGGGGAAAUGGUAACCAUGCUAUGCUCAGUAAGGAACUUGUCGACAAGACCCUCGAGUUAAGGCAACUUAAGGGUGAAGAUAUCCAAGGACUUUGCUUGGAUGAUUUGUUGAAACUUGAGAAAAGGAUCGAGGGAGGACUGAGCCGUGUAGUUAAAACUAAGAGUGAAAGAUUUCUCGAAGAUAUCAGCACACUCAAGAAAAAGGAAUCCGAAUUAAGGGAGGAAAAUGCAUGGUUGAAGCAGCAAGUAGCAUAUAAAUCAGAAGGCAGAGGAAAUGGUAUAGUCGAACGAGGCAAUUCAUCUGAUCAAUCAGUCCUUUGUCAUCUGGACAAGAGCAGCUCCGAUACUUCCCUCAAGUUGGGCUUACCUUUCUCCAACUGA